GCAUAAAACGUGAGGCCACGAGCCACUGCACGUUCGUAAUUUAUACGUUCAAUAUUCCUGCUCCGGCGAACAAUUUUCCGGCCCCUCAAAUCUGUUGAGAUCUCCCCUACAAUUCAACAAUUGGAAUUGAUGUCGUCUACUUUCAGUGGCGAUGAAACUGCUCCGUUUUUCGGCUUCCUCGGAGCCGCAGCAGCCCUUGUUUUCUCCUGUAUGGGUGCGGCCUAUGGGACGGCCAAGAGCGGCGUUGGUGUUGCAUCGAUGGGAGUGAUGAGGCCGGAGCUGGUAAUGAAGUCGAUUGUGCCUGUUGUUAUGGCGGGAGUGUUAGGUAUUUAUGGAUUAAUUAUUGCUGUUAUUAUUAGUACCGGAAUCAAUCCCAAGGCGAAAUCAUAUUACCUGUUUGACGGCUACGCACAUCUGUCAUCUGGUCUUGCUUGUGGUCUUGCUGGACUUUCGGCUGGAAUGGCCAUUGGAAUCGUUGGCGAUGCUGGUGUUAGGGCAAAUGCGCAGCAGCCGAAGCUUUUCGUUGGAAUGAUUCUUAUUCUAAUCUUUGCUGAAGCACUUGCUUUAUACGGUCUCAUUGUUGGCAUCAUUCUCUCUUCCCGUGCUGGCCAAUCAAGGGCUGAUUAAGUUGUACAAUUUCUCAUCCAUCAUCAGCAACAUGUUAUCAGGUUAGUUUCACGAGUUGAGAAGGUCCAGAUUCAUCUUUUCAAAAUCUUUCUUCCUGUUUUCAAAUUGUUUGUUAGUUACUAAACUGGAAGCAACUUUUGCCCUCGAAUAAAGACUUAAAAUAGCAUUGUUUAUUUACCUAUUUUGUAUUAUAAAUACACAUCAUGGAAACAGCCU